UUACGCCUUUGGAAAUGUUAGAAUUUGCGGAGUUGAAAUUAAUUUCUCAGUGCAGUUACAUUGUCGAUGUAGCUCCUCUCCUUGGGCUGCUCUUCAUCUGUUGGACGUUUCUGCUGUGCUGGUAGCGGGAAGAUAGACCUUGAAAUAUUCUUCUUUUGCCAGAGCAUGUUAUAAUCAUAACGAGUAGGUCCUAUGUGAUGAACAGUGUCCAAAUUUGAAACAAUCCCUUCGUAUAAAAUUGUGUUUUGGUGAAGUUGGUUUUGGUUCUCCAUCACCUUCUUGCUCCAUGGUGGUAACAGGAUGACACAGGACCCAGCUCGCUUAAGACUCGGCAGAAUUAGAUGCCUUCGGGAAGCUAUCCGAUGCCUCACCGAGUGCCGUCCUCUUCCUGAAGCUCUCUGCUUCGUUCCUAAAACUCUUGAAUAUAUUUCAUCGGGGAAAGGCAAUGCGCUGGGAAUCUACCAGAGCCAUUCUAGUGAGUCGAAGAAGCUUGGCGAGGUGAAGAACGACAAACCUGUGAAGGUGCUAAGUCAUGGCCUUGACUUGUGGAAUGACCAGGGCCAGUGGAUCCAACUUACGGAUGAGUGUCUUGCAAAGUUGUUGGGUGAUAAAGCGAGUGAGGCCAACAAGACUGUUGGCGGCUGGAUGAUGGUGGUAGACAGUAAAGUAUCAGUGUCAAUUGAGAAUGGGCCCUAUCUGAUGCCAAUUAUCAAGAAGAACCUACCUGGUCUGCCGACAGUAGGCACUGAUGUUGUGGCAACUAAAUGGGAAGAUGCCGUUGAGUAUGCUUUUUCGGUACGCAUCGGUGGUGCUACCCAGGCUGCAAAGAUCCUACGUGAAUGUAGUGAUACAAAGGCUGUGGAACAGCUGCGGCAGGUGCCGAACAAUUGGAGCCUGGAGCACGAUUCUGAGUUAGCCAAGUUUGCUGUCAAGGCAAAGCAGAGGGAGAGCUCGCUGGACGUGGUGAUCGAUUCGAUGAGUGGAGAGCUGUCCGAGUACCUUGUUCAGCUCAGGGCUUCCUCUGAGAAUGAUGAGGCACAGACAUUGAUGGAUGGUGGUUUGGACACUUACUGGGAGUCUGAUGGCAACACUGGCAAACACUGGCUGCGUCUUCAUGUCAAAGCCGGUGUAGUUGUGCGUCGGCUGUCACUUUUUCUCGAUGAAGAUGAUGGCAACUUUCUACCCCAGGUUGUAGAGGUUGCAGUCGGCAAUGCUCUGGACUCCCUGAGCGUGUGCAAGACCGUUGAAGCUGAUGUUCCGCAAGAGGAGAUGACUGUCCUGGAGAAUGCCUCCCAACCAUAUCGCUACAUUGAGCUGAGGAUCAAGAAAUGUUUCUCGGAUGGCGUGGACACACGGAUACGUGGCAUCAAGCUUGUCCCAGCCGUCGUGCACGUGAAUGGGCUCAGCCAGAGCAUGUUUGAUGAUGCCGAUUUCACCAACUAUCCCAAGCUAGACCAGAACAUUCCCAAGGAUGUAUUGCAUCGACGAGCCAUUGUCUUGAAGAGGGCCAUCACUUUGUUUGACAGUGUUGUGUGCCUCAUAACGCCAUCCUGGAAUUAUUCCUUGAACUCGUUUGGUAGCUUCACGAAUAUCCGUCAGCUGCUGUUUCUUUCCAAUAUUCGAAAUUCACUGCUGGGCACGUUCCUACGCAGCACCUGUGCUGUGACUGCUGGUAAGAUGCCUGUGAUUCAUCUGAAUCGACGUCUGGCUCGGGAUCACAGUCAUGACCCGACUGCUGACGCUACUUGCAAGAAUGCUCUCUUCUCGCAGAUGUAUGAGGCAUUGAAGGCGCACAACUGUGGCACCGUACUAGAAUACAGAUGGCCAGGACGACAAGAUCAAUGGUGGGAGUGUGUGUUCAGCAAUGAAGGCAUGAUUGAUCAAGGUGGUGGAUUCCGUGAAACCCUCUCUGAGAUCAGUGAAGAAUUGUGCCCCAGUGCCAGUGACGUACCAGUUCCUCUCAAAUUGUUCUGCCGUACUCCCAAUCAGCUUCAUGACUCUUCCAAUCUGUACCGUGACAUGUACAUUCCAACGCCAGGUUGCGACUUCUUUACCCAGUACACAUGGAUUGGGCAGCUGAUGGGUGCAUGCCUGCGCAGCCGCGAGCACCUGGUUUUAUCUCUGCCUCCUUACAUCUGGAAGCAGCUUUGCGGUGAGACGGUGACGUGGGAGCAGGACUUUGCCACUGUUGACACUGCGCAGGUCAAGAUGCUGGAAUCACUAGUUGAGCUUUCCGAAGAAGGCUUUGCUGAACGAUUUGGCAAUCUCUUGACAUACUCUGUUUCACUAAGUGAUGGGACACAGGCAUCGCUCUUGCCUAAUGGGGCAGAAACUCCUGUAACGUACGAGCAGCGCAUGAAGUAUGCUGCACUGGUGAAGAAAGUCCGGAUGGAGGAGAGCAAGAAGCAGAUCGAUGCUAUUCGAAAGGGAUUACUGCUAACGCUUCCACAGGCUGUGCUUGACCUCGUUACUUGGCAGGAGCUGGAGCAGUUUAUCUGUGGUGAUCCUGACUUGCCAGUUGAUAGCAUGCGAAAGACAGCACACUAUGAUGAAGGUCUAUCAGAAUCAUCGCCUGCUGUGAAAAACCUAUGGGCAGCAUUAGAAACCUUCUCCACAGAGGAGCGGAGUCGUUUCUUGAGGUUCGUCACGGGACGUAGACGCUUACCCGCACCCCUCUGGCUUUGCCCAGGUCGAUGGGACGGUGCACUAAAUGACGCUUUGCCCGAGUCUGCCACUUGCUCCAGCACUCUGUUUCUACCAAACUACCCGAAUGCAAAAGUUGCUGCCGAGAAGAUCCGCUAUGCAGCUUACCACUGUGUGGCUAUUGACACUGACACCAGUCCUUAUGAUGAUGGAGUGGGGGAAGAAGAGGACUGGUGAUGAUGAUGCAGGUAACUAUUGCAUAAGCACUGCAGCCAUUUCACUAUUUCGUGCCUACUCUAGAGAUCUGUCUCUGGCUCUACGGGUGCGUCUUGGCUGUGCAUGCAUGUGCGUGUCUGUAUGUGCAUGCGUCUAUGUGGGUGCGUGCACGUGUGUGUGCGCGUGCGUGUGUGUGUGCGUGUGUGUGUGUGUGUGUGUGUGUGUGUGCCCAUGAACACACAUGUAUACCUUUGUACCAGCUUUCUUUUCUUAGUUCAGCAAUUUGUCAUCGCAAGUUAACUUCUCAUAACUAGCUUGCUUGUCAUGUCCUGCCAUACAACUUUUUUUAAACAUUCUUUCCUUCCCAUCAGUUUGGCAGCAGAUAUUGUAUUAUUAUUAUUGUGUCCAAUAACUUGCGAUUUGCAUCCCACGCGAGAGUGCCGUGUGCCGGUUCUGCACCAGGGUGGUUUGUUCUUUCCUUUGUCGUUUGUCCUUGACUGACAUGUCCGGGAUUUACCGCUAGUGUGCCUUUUAGUGUGUGAACCAUGUCUGUGCAGUUCGUAUAUACACUGCUGUUGCUAACGGUAUACAUGCCAUUAGUAUAUACACUGCUGUUGCUAACGGUAUACAUGCCAUUAGUAUAUACACUGCUGUUGUUGCUAACGGUAUACAUGCCAUUAGUAUAUACACUGCUGUUGCUAACGGUAUACAUGCCAUUAGUAUAUACACUGCUGUUGCUAACGGUAUACAUGCCAUUAGUAUAUACACUGCUGUUGCUAACGGUAUACAUGCCAUUAGUAUAUACACUGCUGUUGUUGCUAACGGUAUACAUGCCAUUAGUAUAUACACUGCUGUUGCUAACGGUAUACAUGCCAUUAGUAUAUACACUGCUGUUGUUGCUAACGGUAUACAUGUACAUGCCAUUAUCCUCUGCUCCUCUGGACGUGUUUAUCAGAUAUUCUGACCGUUAGGUGCUGGCACCUGAUAGAUAAGCUUGGGCAUCAGGUAUUGCUGUUUUGCUUGCUAUUUUUAUUGUACUCACUUUCUCACAUUAUUUUGUUUUAUAGUGGUUCUUUUUCUUCUUCUUCUUUUUUUAGUUAGGCACAUCGCUGUGGUAGGCCAUUUCCUCUUGUGUUGCUCACUGUGCGCUGGACGUUAUCACUCAUUCGUAUGGCAUAAUUAGUAGGCCAGAGAGCCUUGACAAGUUGUUCUACGCAAUCA